AAACUAUGGCAAAGAACACAACAAAUCUGCUGCACAACAGCUACAUGCCUAUAUCAUACCAUCGGGAGAUGCUCACCAGAGUGAAUAUAUUGCACCAUGCGAUCAGAGGAGGGCUUUCAUCAGUGGUUUUAAUGGUUCUGCAGGUACAGCUAUAGUUACUGAGAACAGUGCACUGAUGUGGACAGAUGGACGCUACUUUCUGCAGGCAAGAAAAGAAAUGGACAGCAAUUGGACCCUCAUGAAGGAUGGACUACCUGAUUCUAUCUCACAGGAAGAUUGGCUGGCCAAAAAUUUACCGACAGGGGGUAGAGUUGGUGUUGAUCCAUUCCUCAUUGCAGAGAGUACUUGGAAAUCGCUUGAGAAGACACUUGCCAGUAGUAGCCAUGCUCUUGUACCUGUUGCUCAGAACCUAAUAGACCUAGUCUGGGAGGAUCAGCCCUCUCCACCCAAUUCUACACUCAUGGCCCUGCCUUUGAAAUACACAGGUAUGUCUUGGCAAGACAAGGUCCAGGUGAUCAGGAAUAAGAUGAAAGAGAAAGGUGCUGGUCUGCUUGUAGUGACAGCCCUAGAUGAUGUUGCUUAUUUGUUCAACCUGAGAGGGGCAGAUAUAGAGUAUAAUCCAGUGUUUAUGUCAUAUGCUCUCAUAACAAAGGAUUUUGUAGGUAUUUUUAUUGAUGAAAACAAGCUAGAUGACACAGUGUGUCAUCAUUUACAGCUAAACAACAUUGUGGACUCUCAGGUGAAAGUCACUCUCUACCCUUAUGACUCGGUGAAAGACUAUGUCAGUGCCUUACAAGAUGAAUUAGAUGGAAAGGUUUGGGUGAGUGAUAAGUCAAGCUACGCAUUAGCCAGUCUAGUCCCAGAGACAAACAGAAUAAAUGAGGCUUCCCCAGUUGCAAUAAUGAAGACAGUGAAAAAUGAGACAGAGAUUAAAGGAAUGAAAAACGCACAUAUAAAAGAUGCAGUAGCAUUGUGUGAAUUCUUCGCCAUGUUGGAGAAAGAGGUGCCAAAGGGAACAAUGACUGAGGUGUCUGCAGCUGAUCAGCUUGAAGCACUCAGAAGGCAGCAGGAAGACUUCAUUAGUUUGAGUUUUGCCACAAUAUCUAGUGUUGGACCACACGGUUCAAUAAUACAUUAUGGACCCAGUGCAGAGACUGAUGUACCAUUAACAACAGACCAGUUGUAUCUUUGCGACUCUGGAGCUCAGUACAGAGAUGGUACAACAGAUGUUACUCGUACUAUGCAUUUUGGCCAGCCUACUCCAUAUGAGCAGGAAUGUUUCACACGUGUGCUGAAAGGUCACAUAGCAUUAGCAGCCAUAGUCUUCCCAAAUGGUGUCAAAGGUCACAUGAUGGAUUCUGUUGCAAGAAUGGCACUAUGGGAAGUAGGGUUGGAUUAUCAUCACGGAACAGGCCAUGGUGUUGGGGCUUUCUUGAAUGUCCAUGAAGGACCAUGUGGUAUAGGUUACAGACAGGCACAUACAUUGCACAACAUUCCACUCAAAGAAGGCAUGAUACUCAGCAAUGAGCCUGGCUACUAUGAAGAUGGUCAGUUUGGAUGUAGGAUAGAAAAUCUCUGCAUAGUAAAGAAAGUUGAAACAAAGUACAAUUUCAAAGAUGUAGGGUUCCUAGGGUGGGAAACAAUUACGCUAGUUCCAAUUCAGGCCAAGAUGCUAGUACCUUCUAUGUUGACCCCAAAAGAGAUAGAAUGGUUAAACAGCUAUCAUGAGAAAUGUAGAGACAUAAUGGGAAGCGCCCUUAAGGCCCAGGGUAAAGGAGAAGCCUUGGAGUGGCUCAUGCGAGAGACGGAACCCCUGGGCUAGCCCCAUCCUGUUGACACUAUAGCCUCUCAUACCUGAUAUCACACUGGAACACUACUCAAGGAUUACUAUGCAAAACUUUUAUACUAAGAGUAUGGAGUUUCGCAUUAUUUUAGUAUUCAGCUGAUACAUACAUGCAGGGAUUUGUUUGCGUUAUAGACUUAUAGUAAUGCGUUAUAGUCAGUGUUAUAGUGCCAUCAGUGUUAUGAAAUAUAUUCUGUUAAACAGAACAGUGCCAAUAUUUUAUUAACAUGCCAAUCUUCAUCGGACCAUACCAUCAAAUCCAUGCAGCUUCUUACUUAUAUCCAACAAUCACUCUACUGCACUGUACUGUACUGUACU